AUUAAAUAUUACAGUUGUGUUUUGUAAGCAAGUUUUCUAAAAUAAUAUUAAUUUAGUACUAUUAUUAUUAUUUCAGUUAUACUAUAGUAUAACUAAAAUAUCAGUGUUUUCUACUCGUAGAUUUUAAUCAUUACGUAGGCCUAUUACGGCCUAUGAUUAUUUAUAGUAUUUCAAUAAUUAUUCAUAUAAAAUGAUUAUUCCGAAUUCAUUACCAAUUAUUUACACAGCCCCAAUUCUAAUUCCUGGAUUUAUGUUGAAAAUUAAACUACUAGUUGAAGAAAAGUAAGAAUAUAAUAAUUGUAUAUAAACUAUUAUUUUUUAAGUAAUUAGUUCUUAGCAAUCGGUUGUUCUUAUGGUACAUUUUUUGUUAUUGUAUAACAUUUAUGAAAAUAAUUAUUUUUAAAUAAAACAUUUCAUUUAAUUAUAUAUCUAUACAUUUAUAAUUUUUUUAUGUUUAGAAAAUAUUGGGUAUCCAAUACAAUCUGUACUUAGUUAGAUAUUUAUCCAGAAACUGAAUUAAUUGAUUACGUUCAAAUUUAUUAACAAAAGUAAUAUUUCAACUUAGUUUCAACUUUAAACCAAAUCAGUGCUUGACAUUAAAAAUAAAGGUUGAUCUCUGGCUUUUGAGUUUGGAGAAAAAACGGAAAAAAAAUAAAUUAUAAGUUGGUACUGAUAAUAUUUGUUUAUAAAUUAUACAAUUUUAACACUAUUUUAGGUAAUGGAAAUAUUUUUUAGGUAAAAAUCUUACAAACUAAAAAUUAAUCACAUCUGCUAUUAAAUUUUCAGUAAAAUGAUAUAAAACAUAAGUAGAUACUCAAGUUUAGUUGUAUUUUAAGAAAUAGCUAUUUAUAAAUUCCUAACAUUCUUAAUAAAAAAAAAAAAAGAAGAAAUACUUGGGUACGUUUAAAAUAAAUGCAAAUUUUACUAUUCAUAUACGUAAUAUAUAAUUUUCUUCCUCAGAUUUCCUUCUAGAUAUUUGAAUACAAUUAAAAAACAUGUAAAUAAUUAAUAUUUAUAAAGAGUAGGUAAUUGAAUAUAGAAUUAUAUUUUCAGUAUUUUGACUAAAUUUGGCUCUUAUGCUUUAAAUAUAUAAAAUUAUGAAUUUAUAUUAAAUUUUUAAUAUAUUUCAGUACUAAUCUAUUGGAGUAUCUACUUAAAGAUAAUUUAAACUCAAAAUCAAAACAUAUGAUAGGAAUAAUACCAAAAGCAGAUUUGGAAAAGGUAAAGAAUAUUAAUCUACUUAUAUUCAUAUAAAAACAGUAACUAAUGACCUUAUUACAUAUAAUAUUAGGCAGACAAUGUAAUAGGAACAGCAGGUCUGAUUCAAAGUUUGAUCAAAAUUGAUUCGGUGCCUGAAGAAGUUUUUAUACUAGUUCAAGGACUAUGUCGUUUCAAACUGAAAGAAACUAUUACUGAAUACCCAUUUAAAAUUAAUAGCAUUGAAGCUAUUAAUAAUUUUAAAGAGCUCGAAGGUGAGUUGUUGAUAAUUUUUAAUUACAUAUAUUCUGUAAGUUUUAAAUCAUCAUAAGAAUAAUAUAUAAUAACAUAUUAUUAUAAUUUAGGCGAGGAUAAUGAAAAAGCUAAACUCAAAGCUGAAUUUGAAAAAGUAUUUAUUGACUUGAUGACAUACUCUGAGAAAAUCACACUGCAACCAUUUACUUUUUCAAACCCAAAGGUUUAAGAAAAAAUAAUUGAAAUUAUGUUAUAUUAUAUUAUUAUUUUUAUUAUUUCUACAGAUUAUUUUAAAAAACUAUGCCUUACUUGACUGUGUGGAUAUGUGUUUAAAAAAUAUUGUGGCUUUAACUCCAGCUAUUGCCUAUGAAGUUUUAAGAGCUACAAAUUUAAAUCAACUAUUAAAUAUUAUAAUUGAUUUGCUAAAACAAGAAACAAUUAGUAUGUAGUGUGAAAUAUAUUAUAAUGAAGCAAAAUUGAGGGAAUAUAAAAAUAAUUUCAUAUUUUAUUAUUUAUGUUAUAGAAGUAAACAAACAUUCAAAAUUUUUAAAAACCGGUUUAUUUCCAAUACCUUCUACAAUAUAUUUAAAUUCUACUGGCAAUAGAGGGAAUAUCCAGAAGAAAUCAUUAUCAACUGAAUUAAAAGAAGUUGAAAAAGCAAUUCAGUAAAUAUAAUCUAGCUAUUAUUAAGUAUUUUAUAUUAUAGAUUUAUUAAUAUAUUUUAUAUUUAUAAUAUUUUUCUUAGAAAUGCAAAAUUGUCAAAACCAAUUAAUGAUUUGAUUAUGAAAGAAUUCAAUAGACUUAAAGAAAUGAAUAGUUACCAUCCUGAUUAUUCUGUUUUUUUAAAUUAUAUCAAUUAUGUUAUUAAUUUGCCAUGGAACAAAAUUACAAAGGAAUCAUUGGAUUUGAAAAAAGCUAAAAAUGUAUUGGCCAUUUUAAAAUUAAAACAGUUUUACAAUUAAAUUUUAAAUAUUUUUUCUCUACACAGGUAUUGGAAUUAAACCAUUAUGGUAUGGAGAAGGUGAAAAAUAGAAUAUUACAAUUUAUUGCUGUAAGAAUAUUGAACCCAAAACUACGAGGACCUAUACUUUGUUUUAUUGGACCACCUGGUGUUGGCAAAACAACUAUUGCGAAAACCAUUGCAGAUUCAUUAAAUAGAUCUUUUAAAAGGUCCAUACAUAUUAUUAUUAUUAUUAUUAUUAUUAAAUUAAUAAUAAUACUUUUUUUUUAGAAUAUCGUUGGGUGGUAUAAAUCAUUUUUCAGAUAUAAAAGGACACCGAAAAACAUAUGUUGGAUCUAUGCCAGGUUGUAUUAUUCAAGCUAUCAAUGAAGUACAAACUAAAAAUCCUUUAAUUUUGUUGGAUGAAAUAGAUAAAAUGGUAAUAAUUUAACAACUAUAUUAAAUAUAAUUUAUUCAAUGUAAAAUUUAUAAUAUUCCUAUGGUAAAAAAGCCAUAGCCAGAUAUUGUGCCAUGUAUGUUGCCUUUGUAUGUUGGAAGUUAGAUAGGAUCGAGCGCUUACUUAGUUCUAUUUUUGUACAGGGAAAUUAUUAAAUAGGACUUACUUAUAAACAUUCAUUAAGUAGCAACCUACCUUCCUACCAACCUAAGAAAUCACAAAGCUACAAUAGGUAAUUUAAAGAGAUAGGAACAGAGAACUGUAUAUAAAUCAAGGCCUACAUAAGAAGGACCCACCGAGAAAUUCCCUGUAAAUACAAGUUAUUUGAAUAAAUUAAGUUUCUAAAAUUUAAUACAAGCAUUUUUAUUUGGUAUUCGAGUGAAUAAAUUUUGAUAAUCUAUUUUAAACAAUAAAACGCGAACAAUGAUAGAUGAAAAUGUACCUUACAUCACAUUUAACAAUUAUUGUUUCCAAGUCACUUUUGUUAAUGAAAUUGUAUAAAAAAACUAAAUUGUGUUUAUAUAGCAUGUUGUUUUCUCUCAUAUUAUAUGAAUAAUAGAUUAUUUGAUAUUAUAUUCCAUAUAAUUUUUCUGACGGCCAGGCCAUAAAAAACCAGAACCAACAUAUUUUUUAAAUUUAAAUUGAAAAUGGUUUAUUCAUUUUGAAAUGCAUAGUAAGAAUAAAAAAAUAAAAAAUUAUGACAAACUCCAGUUAGAAGUUAAAAAAAAAUAUUUGGGAUUUUCCGUAAUACUCAUUUUUUUAAAAAGAAAAUUACUAAUGAAAUUCUAUUAUUUACAACAUUUGUGUAUUUUAAUACUUAAUCCAUAAAUAAAAUUUAAACUUAGCUACUAUAUUUAUUUUGAAAGUUUUUGUUUAGUGUACAUAAUACCUUUAAAAAUAACAUUUUUGUAAUUAAUCAAAAUAGCUAAAAAAAAAAAUAGUUUUUUUUUUUUUUAAACUUGUAGUUUUCUAUGAACUACGUAGAGACGGAGGAAGGCUUGCUAUGUUUAUCUGCUUUAUUCACUAACUUAAGCGCCUCUGCGCCUUCCUUUUUGUGAGAUGAAGGGAAUAUUCGCUUACAUAGCUUAAACCCAAACCUAAUACUACUUCAAGAAGGAUAGUGUCCUAAGAGUAAACCUCAAAGCCUUAUACAAGGGUGGGCCAUUGGCCAUCUUUAUUUUGAGCUAGUGAAUAUCAGAAUUCAAUUGUUGUUAUUAGAAUAGAGGACUUGUAGCUCUAAAAAAUACUUAAUAUUCAAGCACUUAUUUACUUAAAAACCCUAUAAUAUCACUAAAAAUAUGCUCUUAUAUUUUAUUUUAAAGUGAUUUAUUUAAAAAUGUAUAAAUCAUUUUUUUUACAAAAUUGUUAAUAAAAUUUGAUUUCUCGAAAAUUCUUCUGGUCCUAAAAAAUAAAAUUGUGUUAGCUGUUAAUAAAUAUAAUGAAUCUAAUUGGUAACGCUCAAAACCCUCAAAAAAAAAUUGUCUUGGUUUAAAUACAAAAACAUUUUUACAAGUAUUUAUGAUUAGUGAGAUUUGAUUUUACUAAUGUAUUAACUAUUAAAAAUUGCACAUUUUAAAAAAUAUUAAAUUCUAACAGUUAUUUAAAAAAUGGAUUACAGAAAAUUAAAAUUAUUUUACCCAUAACUUCUAAAUAAAGUUGGUCAUCUAAUCUUAGAUUCUGUGUGUAAGGAGGGAGCUAUUAGUUUUACAAUGCUGUUUAUUUCUUUCUUUUUUUUCUUCUAGUCUGUGGAUACGUUUUUUCCUAGUAAACUUGUCAGAUUUUUACAAAUAGCAACUUUUCUGAAAACUCAAGUUGUCUACAUAGUACUUUAAAAAGGUCAUUUUUUGGUUUUCGACUCUAUUAUUUAAAUAAAACAGGAUAUUUUUUACCUGAAAAAAUUAUUUAUUUGAAAAAUCAAAAGUUACCUUUUUUUUGCCUUUUGGAUUUACUUUUUUACAGUAUCAUCGCCAAAACUUGAGUUUUUAAGGAAUUUUAAUUUUAUAGAGUUUUUGCUGUAAUUCGGUUAUAAAUACAUGUAGAAACUUGAAAAUAAUACGUAUAUUGGACUUACCUAGACGUGGUAAAAUUUCCAAAAUGAUCGGACAAAUUUUUUUGAAAUCAAAUUUAUACACCUUGCUAUAUUUUAAACUUUUAUGAACUUUUAUUUACUACAGUAGUCUACUUAUAGUAUGAAGUCUAGUUUUUUUACUUGAGUAAUUUUCAUUAAAAUAUAAUUUUUAAUGUAAAAAUAAGUAAUUAUUAUUAUUUUUUUAUUUAUUUUUAUAGUAUAAAGGGUCUGGUGGUGAUCCUGCUGCUGCAUUGUUGGAAGUUUUAGAUCCCGAACAGAACCGCUCAUUUGUUGAUUCAUAUAUCAAUUUGCCAUUUGAUCUUAGUCAAGUGAUGUUUAUUACGACAGCAAACAAUGUAGCUUAUAUACCACAGACAUUACGCGAUAGAAUGGAGAUUAUCUAUUUAGAAGGAUACACAUUGGUAUGCCAAUAAAUAAAAAAUAAAAUAAUUAUUUGUCAAAAUAAAAUAUAAUACAUUUGUUUAAAAGGAGGAAAAAAUACAAAUUGCAGACAAUUAUUUAAUUCCUAAAAUAUUUAAACGUCAUAGAAUGAAUGAAAUACAGAUAACUGUUACAAAAACUGCCAUUAAAGAUAUAAGUAUGUAUUUUCUAUUAUUUAAUAUAUUAUACAGUAUAAUUUGCAUAUUUUUUUUAAAUUAGUUCAAAACUAUACUUAUGAAGCUGGUGUACGUGACUUGCAACGCAAACUUCAAACAAUCUAUUAUUAUAUAGCUAAAGACGUAGUUGAAAACAUAGAAAAGGAAACAAAAACCUAUGUGAUCACUCCUGAAUCAUUAUUAAACAUUUUUGGUGUAAAUACUAAAUACAAAUUUGUUUUGUUUAAAUUUAAUAGUUUCCACUUCUAGGAAGAUACUGUGAAUGGUGGAAAAAAUAAUUUGGUAGAACAAAGCUGUAAUAGAAUUGGUGUUGCGAUUGGUUUAUCAUGGACUCCGGUAGGUGGUAAAGUACAAAUGAUUGAGACAUCCAAAUCAUAUUCAAGAACAGAUAAUCAACUGAUUUUAACUGGUCUAGCUGGUCAAACUUUAAGAGAAUCUGUGGAAAUAGCACUUAAUUGGAUACAGACAUUUGCGAAAGACGUAAAUCAUGCAUUUGUUUUGUUUUAAAUAAAGUGUAAAAUUAAUUAAUUAAUAUUAUAUCAAAUAGAAUGAAUUAGAUAAAAAUCAUUUCUGUGUUCAUGUCCACCUUCCUGAAGGAGGACAUAGAAAGGAUGGACCAUCUGCUGGGAUAACUAUUGUUUGUGCAUUAGUAUCACUUUUUUGGAACAUACCUUUAAAAUCAAUGAUUGCCAUGACUGGAGAAAUAACUUUACAAGGAUAUGUAUUACCUGUAUGCAAUACAUUCAAUUUACCACUUUUUUUCUUUCUUUUUUUUAUUGAUCUGUGCUUUUCAAAAUUCAAUUUAUUUAUUUUUAGGUGGGUGGCGUAAAAGAAAAAAUUUUAGCAGCAUACAACUCAUCUAUAAGAACUGUCAUAAUACCUGCACUUAACAUGAAAGAUACAAUAAAUUUACCUGAAAAUGUUAAAGUAUUUAUAUAAUAAAAUACAACUUAAUUUAUUUCAUUUUAAUUUAAGUGAUAUUUUUUAAUACAAAUUGAAUGUCAGAAUUUAAUGUUUUUUCAUGACUAUUUAUAUCAGAUUUUCAAUUCUGAGCAAAGACAAAUCGGGCGUUGUUACUCUGCUACAACAUUAUAUUGUUAUGGGCUCUCCCCUUUCAUAAAUAUAAAAAUACAGUCAAGUCUCAAGUCUCAAUAAAAAUACAAUGACUAUUAAAAAUAAUCAUUUAAUAAUAUUUGAAAAAAAUUAUUUUAAAUUUCUUUGUUUAUUUUUUCCAAAUUAUUUUAUUUAAAACCGUUUUUAUUUUUUUAUAUUUUUUCAGGCUGAUUUAAAUAUUGUUCCAGUCAAUCACUUAGAGGAAGUAUUAAAUAUUGUUUUUCCUGGUGGAUUAGCAUAUUUACAAAAACCAACUGAAAACCCAUUGACUAGAUCAAAACUCUAGUUUUGAUGUAUGUAUCAUGAAGAUCUUAUAAAAGGGUUAUACACCUUUACUUUCAAUGAAUUCAAUUGCGAUUAUUAUUAAAACCAACUAUUUUAAUUAGUUUAUACAUUGUAUUCUAAAUUGUGUUUAGUAAUGAUAAUUUAAUAAAAUAAAGUUUAUACUUAUAACUAGUAUUUAUUAUUAUAACAAUAUAGUCUAACUCAAUAUUCAUAAAGAAAAAGAACAAACUAGUUAAUAAUAAUUAAUUUUAAAGUUAAAAUGUUUUAUUAAUUUCAUCAAAAUAAAAUUUUUGCUUAGUUCUCAAUUAAUAAGAUUCAGUUAUUUAUCAUUCCAUUUAUUUAAUUUUGAUUGGAAAUUUAAAAUCGGUAACAAAGAAAUGAAUUUAAUUAUAAUUUAUUAUAACAAAAUAUGUUGGUUCUUACCAGUAAUGUUUUAAUUGAAAGCUUGCUCAUACACACAUAUCAAUUAACAAUAAAGUACAUACAGGGAUAAAUAGUUUUUAUUAAGAUACAUUAAUUAUCUCAGCAGAUGUUUUAUUAAUAUCUGUUCAACCAAAUUGUCCUUAUUUUCACUAUUAUUUUAUUUAUAUCUAUUUGAUUUUU